CAGCGAGCGAGGGCGGCUGUCGUCCCCGCGGCAAAAAAUUCUGAACUUUGUAGCUCUAGGGAAUGAAACAUUAGUUCAGAAGAAGGCAGUAGACUCUUGUUACAAGUACAUUUGACUGUUCACCAUGAAGUUAGGAAAACCCAAAGGGGGUAUUUCUCGGAGCUCAAGCCAAGGAAAAGCCUAUGAGAACAAGCGCAAAACAGGCCGGCAGCGGCAAAAAUGGGGAAUGACCGUUCGGUUUGACUCAAGCUUGAGCAGACUGAGAAGAAGCUUGGAUGACAAACCCUAUAAAUGUACUGAAUGCGAAAAGAGCUUCAGUCAGAGUUCAACUCUUUUUCAACACCAGAAAAUCCAUACUGGAAAGAAAUCCCACAAAUGUGCUGAUUGUGGGAAAAGUUUCUUUCAGAGCUCUAAUCUCAUUCAGCAUCGACGGAUCCAUACUGGGGAAAAGCCCUAUAAAUGUGAUGAGUGUGGAGAAAGAUUUAAACAGAGCUCCAAUCUGAUUCAGCACCAGAGGAUUCAUACCGGAGAAAAACCCUAUCAGUGCGACGAAUGUGGCCGAUGUUUCAGCCAGAGUUCCCACCUUAUUCAGCAUCAGAGAACCCACACGGGGGAGAAACCGUACCAGUGCAGCGAAUGUGGCAAAUGCUUCAGCCAGAGCUCUCAUCUGAGGCAGCACAUGAAGGUGCACAAAGAGGAGAAGCCUCGUAAAACCCGGGGUAAAAACAUCAGGGCAAAAACUCACUUAUCCUCUUGGAAAGCUGGUACAGGAAGGAAAUCAGUGGCUCGUCUCCGUUAAGUAAGGGGCACUGCUUUAGCCCUCUUUUAAAAAAGCGAAAAAGUAGUAACAAAUAAAAGCAGUCUCAUUUAGAUGCUUUAUAGUAGAGCUCUUAAAUACUGGAUCCUUUCCUAGCAUGGAGACAUUGGGAAUUUAUUGACAUUAUUAGGCUGAAAGAAACUACAGGAGUCCAGCUGCCCUCAUUUCUUUUCUAUGUGACAUGGAGCACAAAGAACUGAAAAUAUGUUUCUGAGAGUAUAAGAUCCUUGACCUCAUUUGAAAUUGCUUCCUGCAUCAUUUUAACAAAAACCAUCAUGUUUUAAUGACACAGUGUGAAAGUGCAGGCAUGCUGAUGAUUACUCAAGUUUUAGGAUGUUUUGCGGAAAGAAUAAUUAAAAGGGAGAAGGAAUUCCAUUAGUUUUGAAGUUCUGCAACUGAUGAGAUUUUAUGUUUGUAAAGUUUUGUAGUAUAUUAACCAUUGGUUUAUAAGUAUGACUCAAGAUUUAACAUAUUAAAAUGCAUUCAAGUUCACAGAUUUUUAAUCAAGGCCCAUAACUCUACAUUAGCUUUCUUCUGUUUCUUCCCUUCUGCUUAUGGGUAGUUAUUAAUUAAAGGAGUAAGAAAUUCUGUUUUGUUUUUACCAACUUCAUGGUAAGAGAUACUACAGAAUCCAAAAUGAGAACUGAAUUGGACCUCAAGUCUCCUAUUCCUAGUAAUACUUUUAUUGCUGUGUCACUGGUUUUCCAGAAGUUGGGAUGGAUUUAUGUUGAUCCAUCCCCAUGCCCUUGACCUCUUGGCAUUCUCUUGUGCUCUGGCAAACUGAGCCAGCCUUUUAGAUCCACAUGAAUAAACAAACCAUAUUUUACCAA